CCGCUCGUGUAUGUAUUGUAUGGAUAUGUGUCAUACAUGUAUGCCAGCCAUGCACGCAACGAACAAACGUGUGUAGUGUAGGCAAACGAGUUAGUCAGUCAGUCGUGCAUGGCAUGGCAUGGCAUGGCAUGGACCUCUGUCUGUCUGUAUGUAUCAACGCAUGGAUGGAUGGAUGGAUAUGACAACUCAUAUGAGUAUCAACGGGCACUGUUGUCGUCAACUGUAGCUGUCUCUCGCAAGUCAUCGGUACUUUGCGGUUAACACCUGACCGACCCACGCCGACAUGACCCAGCCGACCACGCCACAACACAACACACCGCGUCCAGCCAGUGACUGAGCUAGCUAGCUGUCUGCAGUGAGUGCAUUGAGGCGCUGUGAUCUGUCAGCGAUGGACAGAAAGGGGGCUGAUGCGCCACGAGGGACGCCCGGCGACGAUGACUGCACCAGCUGGUCGAUGGCAUCCAAACGCACUUGCCUGAUACCAACAAGACACACACACGUGUGGUGGCCUGCCUGCCGUCCUCACUUUGCCUGCAAGGCCCUCGCUGACAGAGUGGGUUGCUUACAGGGUGCUCUUCUCCUCUGAUCUUUUCUUGACCGACCCCAUGUGAGCAAUUCGUCUCGAUGCCGCCGCAGAUAUCUGGAGCGGCAUUGCCUGCAGUGUGUAAGGCGCCGACACACACACACAUAUACGUACAUGCACACGCAAUCAUAUGUCCUUCCAGAGUGCUGUGGGUGUCCUACCCUGCUGCCGAAGCACCUCAUGGACUCCUGCAUCUCCUUGUUGUGCUUGAACGCCCACCGAGACAACUCAUUUCUAAGCACACACACACACACACACAGACCGAGAUGCACGAGUGAGAGACACGUGUCUCACUGUAGGAACGGGGAGGGGCUGGCGUGAGUGGCCAAUGGAUCAAAUCAAUCAGUUAUUUGAAUGGCGGACUGACCUGCAUUCCCAGUAGAGGUCAACGAUCUCCAUUUUGCAGGCCAGCCUCCUCUUGACGACCUCCAGGUCAUUCCCAAUCAGAGAAGGCUCCGAGUCCAUCGCCAACAAAUCCGAUGGCGUCUCCCCAGCCAAAUGGCCCAUACCCCCCGGCAGCGGCAUGCCAUAGGGGAACGGAGGGGCAGCAGGGCGGGACACCACCCCUCUCCUGCCAAUCGCCCCCCUCUCCCUCCCACUCCCCCGACUCAGCAAACUACUGAGCACAGCACCGGUGCCCCGAUCCUUGGGCGGCGGGCGGGCCUUCCGCCCCCUCUCACCUCGUGUGCGAUGAGGGGGCUGUGUGGAUGGAGGGUGGGGGAUCGGGGGGAGGCCGUCGGGCACACUCGACGCAUUCGGUGCGCCCUUGGUGGUGCCCCUUGCUGCCCUCAAGUCGACGGAUGAACGCACCCGCCGGCUGUCGGCCGUCGCCCUGGCCUCGCUACGGGUGGCUGCUGCCGUAUGGCCAGCUGCCGCCGAUGUGGCCAUUCUGGGUGCCCUUGUCUUCUUCUCUGGCUGCUUCUGAGAAGCGGCCGGAAGGCUGCCUGCGGCAGUCGCAUCACGACUCAGUGGCGCACCCCCUCUCCGCAGCGCUGGCAACACGACGGGGGGGCGGGGCGGCUGAUCAGACUUCUUCUCGUCGUUGAUGCUCUGUGUCUCGUGGUGAGAGUCUUGUCCGUCCAUGUGCGGUGCCGUGAGGUCGAAUCUGGAUGAAGAUGUUUUGACGUUGGGCCGGUUGGAUGGCCUCCGCUGAUGCAGAGUGGACCUGUGGAUGGCCGCCUGGAAGCCACCCAUCCGCCGCCGCGCCUCCAAUGGGAUGUCCCCCACGUCGUCCUCCUCGAUAUCAGCACCACCCGUAUGGACAGCAGCAGCUGUCAUCAUCUUGUCUCCAUCGACAUCCUCGACAUCCUCCGGCACAAGUUGUGAGAAGGCCUCGGGAGCAGCAGCUGCCACGGGCGGCAGAGACACCGCUGAAUCACCCACGGACGCAGCUGCUCGCAUCAUCGGUGAGGCCUCUGUUGCGCGGCUAUCAGCCACGGCCGGUGUGAUGUCCGCCGUUCGCCCAUCGUCUAUCUCUUGCAAGCGGCCAUCAGCGGCCGCAAGUUCCUGCCUCUGUGACUCAUAGGGCAUUUCCUCCUCUUGCUUCCUUGGAGCUGUGAUGAAGGUGCUGUCGGUCUCCAGGCCGCUCUGGCUGCCAAUGUGCGGAGGGGAUGGGGGGAGUAGCGGCUCGUCCUUCUGUCUCGCCCCUGCCACAGCACUAUCCUCUUCAUGAGUCUCACAGGCUGCCAUUGACGCUUUUGCUGCCGACAUCCUGGGCUCGACACCGGAGAGGGAAGGUGGCUCUGCAGGGCCCUCAGCGGGUGUGGACGUCUGGACAGGCGAGGGUCCGCCCUCCAGGUGGUCGUCCAUCAACUGCCUGCCUCUGUCUUGCAGUGGCAGUGUUUUUUGCUGCUUGGGCGGCGCAGGUUUGACCUGGAAUGGCGUCGGGGCUGAUGAGUCUGUCCUGGUCACUGCAAACCGCUUGACCUUGUCGGAUGCCCGAGGAGGGGCCGGCAGGGCGGCCUUGGCGGGGUAGUCUCCUCCCACACUGAGGGCCUGCAGGUGGGCUCUAUGGUGGUGGGCGAUGAAGUCGUCAAAGGCAUCCCCACCUGACGAAAGCAACACACACACAAAGCCGCGGGCGGCAGAAGGAUGAGGUGUGUGCGGACGGAAUCGCGUUUUCUGUUAGCUGCGUGCCCAGUUCGUGUAUGUUGGUGAGGGGGUCGAUGCGGGUCCGCAUGGACUGCAGCAGCCCAUCGGACGGCUGAAAGGGGCGAAACGUCAUCGGAGGCCCC